UGUGCUUGCCGCUACUAGUCGCAAAGCUCCGAGCUUCAAUAUUCCCCAUUUACAAGUCGGCGACAACGCACAAUCCCACGCCCGAAUUUGUACCUACGGCUAGUAUACAACGUCCUGAAUUAUAGAUUAGGACUUUAUCUACGAUCACUCGUUCCUCGCCUAGAAUAGCGACGAGGUAUCGUUUAUUGCACUAGCUGCAUUCGGUGAAUCAGCUCGUUGCGCACGAGUCACAUUGGACAGCUAAGCAGGAGGACACCUUACACUCCCGAGCGUAACUCUUGAACGACACUCCUGAGAUAACCCCAUCUCUUUCAACAGAGGGUUUGACGGCGGGGGAGCUGCGUAUUAAUACCGACCAUGCCUCAACCUCUUAGCUCGAAAGAGAACUCUCUCUUUCGACAGGUCAUUCGCAAUUAUGAGGAUAAGCAGUACAAAAGGGGGUUGAAGGCCGCCGAGCAGAUUCUCAAGAAGAACCCUAAACAUGGAGACACAAUGGCAAUGAAGGCUUUGAUCAUUAAUCAACAGGGGAAGACCGAAGAAGCAUUUGCAUUAGGAAAGGAAGCUCUCACGGCCGAUAUGAAGUCGCAUAUAUGCUGGCACGUCUACGGGCUGUUGUACCGCCACCAGAAGAAUUUUGAGGAGGCUAUCAAGGCCUAUAAGUUUGCUUUGAGGUUAGAACCCGACUCCCACCAAAUCCAGAGAGAUCUCGCCUUCCUUCAGAUUCAAAUGCGCGACUAUCAAGGAUACAUUCAAAGUAGAACAGCCAUGCUCCAGGCUAGACCUCAGCUAAGACAAAACUGGACGGCGCUUGCAGUGGCCCAUCACCUAGCCGGUAACCUUUCUCAGGCCGAAAAGGUGCUGACGACCUACGAGGAGUCUUUGAAAGUACAGCCGUCUAAGACGGAUUACGAAAAUUCAGAGGCCGUCAUGUAUAAGAAUUCUAUCAUAGCCGAGAUGCAAGACUAUCAGAAAGCUUUAGACCACCUAGAGUCCGUUUCGAAGAGCAACCUCGAUCGCCUAGCCGUAUUAGAGCUUCGUGCAGAAUAUCUAGCAAAGCUUGGCAAGAAAGAGGAGGCAGCCGAUGCCUAUCGCGCCCUACUCGAUCGCAACCCAGAGCAUCCCGAAUACUAUUCCAAGCUUGUGGAGGUCUUAGGUAUUGGUGCUGAUGGUGCGGCCCAAAAGGCGAUUUACGAUGAAUACGCCGAAAAGAACCCGCGUUGUGACGCUGCCAAGCGGUUACCUCUAGACUUCCUUGUCGGCGACGACUUCCGGGAAGCAGCCCGCGGAUAUUUAUCUCUGAUGCUAGAUAAGGGAGUCCCUUCAACGUUCGCAAACCUCAAGCACCUCUACGUCGACCAGUCCAAGAGAGACACGCUUGGGUCGCUAGCGCAUGAAUAUCUCGACUCAAAACGAGCAUCUUCAAAUGGAAGUGCACCGGUGGAUGGGGACUCGCUUAAUGGAGAACCGGCCGCGUUAUAUUACCUUGCCCAACACUACAACUACCAUUUAAGCCGCGAUCUCGAAAAGGCAAUUGAGUACGUCAAUAAGGGAAUCGAGUUAUUACCCAAGAACGUCGAGUUUCAUAUGACAAAGGCCAGGAUAUGGAAGCACUACGGCAAUACUCGAAAGGCUUCUGAGACCAUGGAUGAAGCUCGCAAGCUCGACCUGAAAGACCGAUAUAUAAACACGAAGGCAGCGAAAUACCAACUGCGGAAUGAUGAAAACGAAACUGCCCUCAAGACGAUGAGUCUCUUCACGAGGAACGAUUCGCCAGGCGGUCCUCUAAACGAUCUGUUGGAUAUGCAAAGCGUAUGGUACCUGACAGAAGAUGGAGAGGCGUGGGUGCGUAAUGGAAAUAUAGGAUUGGCCCUGAAGAGAUUCCACGCUGUCUAUAACAUAUUCGAUGUGUGGCAGGAAGACCAGUUUGAUUUCCAUAGCUUUUCUCUGAGGAAGGGGCAGAUUCGCGCAUAUGUAGAUAUGAUCAGGUGGGAGGACCAUCUCCGCGAGCAUCCAUUCUACACCCGUGCCGCCCUCGGGGCUAUAGCGAUCUACGUAAGUAUAUACGACCGCAGUCAGGCAACGAACGGCGUGAACGGGCCCGACGGUGCCAAUGGGGACGAAGCUGCCGACAGGAAAAAGGCUGCUAAGAAAGCCAAGAAGGAGGCACAAAAAGCCGAGCGAGAAGCAGCUGAGCGGGCCGCCAAGCAAGACCCUAAUAAGUCAAAGGGAGCGACAGCCGAGCCAGUUAAAAAGGACGACGACCCUACUGGUUCCAAGCUCGCAGCUACUACCGAACCAUUGGCCGAGGCUACGAAGUUCCUCGCGCCUAUCCUUCAGUUCAGUCCGAAGUACAUCGAUGGGCAAAUCGCCGGCUUCGAGGUCUUCAUUAGGAGAGAAAAAUACCUCCUUGCCCUUCGAUGCCUGAAUGCUGCGGUAGCCCUCGAUGCGGACCAUCCUACGGUUCACGAGCAAGUCGUGAGAUUCCGCCAAGCUCUUAACUCAAAGAUCGAAUCACUACCCCCUAAAGUAGCUGAAGUGUUGAAGUCCGAAUUUACUAUUAUAGACGCUACGGCAGAUCUGAAGAAAUACAACGCCAGCUUCCAAGAGAAGCAUAAGAACAGUCCACCUCACGUCAUCUCAGCUAUCAAAACAGAGAGACUCAUAGGGGAAGACAAAAAGAAGACAGAACAAGACCUCGCGGGGGUUCUCAACUUAAAGGAUGUCCACCACGAGCACGCGGAAGAAGUUCUGGCCAUUUUGAAGCAAUGGCGCAGCGAUGAAGCAGAUUCUUUCAAGGCAGCCGCUCAUGAUAAGUGGCCGGAAGUGACCGUAUUUGCGUAAUAGUACUUCCGAGAGGAUCUACCGAACUACAUACACUAGUCACGAUAUCCCUUACCAUCUAGUACUGAAACGUUAGGGCGGAAAGUCUUAGGAGCAGUAAUGCAUUGCAUCUUAUUCUCGGCAAUCUUAUUCUCGGCAGGGCAAGGAGGCAUGAGUAAGGCUGCAUAAAACUGCAUUGUUCAUGAGCUAGAUCUUUUGUUUAGAGACUAGUUGGCAAUGAAGGCAUACGGUCUCGGAGAAGGGAAAGAAAAGCAGUAGACAGUGUUUUGUGAUCUUGCUAUAUGCGAGGGACGUAGGGAGGUUCUCCAAGAACUUCCAAAACGAAAAGAAAAAAGUAUGUGACGAGAUGCCUUGCCUUAUUUUCUCGUUAGCUGUGCUAGUCACGUAAAUUAUUUGGGUGGUUUAGAGCAAUAGACGUGACAGGGGAACAGGUGGGUUAUAUAUCCGACCACUCACUCUACUUGCUUUCGAGACCC